GGGCGAGCGAGCCAGCCGGAGGCAGCCGAGCCGAGACACCGGCACCCUCCGCCGGCCGGCCGGAGGCAGCAGCAGAGCGCGGGCAGCCGCGGCCAACAUGCGCGCCUAGCAGCCCCGGGACCACGGAGGAGGAGGAAGAGAGUUUUUGUGAUCUGGCGGCUGCUGCGAGGCCAUGGGGAACUGCAGAGGCGGCAGAAGCAGCACCAGGUCUUGAAGAUGCUGACCUUUGUCUCCUGUGUCGGCAGAGUGGUGGUCCUCUUGGCGGCUGUUUCGGUGACCACGUCCAUCACCAUGUCAGGAGAAUGGGGAGAAGAAGGGGUGACGUAUGCCCAGCUGGGGAAAGACGUGAUCCUGACGUGCGCUGGAGCAAGUCCCGGCUCCUCGGUGGAAUGGCGGUGGAACGGAGGCACCGUCCUCCCGGAAGACUCGGCGGUGCAGGCAGGACAGCUUCUCCUGCCCCACACCCAGCUCUCCUCCGAAGGGGUCUACAGCUGCCACGACACCAGCGGGAUCCUCCUCAGCUCCACUGUGCUCCGUCUCGGACGCCUGCCGGGGAUGCCCUCCAUCUUGUGCACAGCGUCAAACUAUGAGAACCUUUCCUGCUUCUGGGCUUCCACCGUCGAGACCUUCCUGCCCACCAGAUACAUCACCUCCUACAGAGAGAGAGAGAGAUGGGGAAGUGGAAAGGAGGGGUGCCCCUCUGGUCAGGAGGGGCCCUGCAUCCAGGAUCCUGCCCACCCGUUCUCCUGCACCGUCCACCAGUCCCUGUUUUGGACCGGCUACUGGGUCAACGUGACGGAGGUCAAUCCCCUGGGUUCCAACUUUCGCCUGCUCCGCGUCGUCAUGCAAGGCAUCCUCAAGCCAGACCCUCCAGAGCACCUACAGGUGGAGCCAGUGCCGUCAGCGCCCAACCGGCUGCAGGUGAGCUGGGAGUACCCUUCCAGCUGGACCAAGGAGCUUCACUUCCUGCUCAAGUUCCGCCUGCGAUACCGACCUGUCACCUCCACUUCCUGGGCUAUGGUGGAGACGGCCAAUGUGUCCGAGGUGAUAACAGACGCCUUCCUGGGCUUGCUGCAUGUGGUCCAGGUGAGCGCAAAGGACUUCCUGGAUGCUGGGAGCUGGAGCGAGUGGACGCCUGAAGCGUGGGCCAUGCCUGCCACUGGACAAACUUUGGUACCCAACGAAACAGCCACCGCAGCCAUCAAGCCUGAAAGCCCAGUGGAGGAGCCUUCCCUGGCCCCCAACAGUGGGCCCAUUGGCCACAGCGACCCCACAGAGAAGGUGGCGGUUCUGGUGUCGCUGGGCGUCUUUGCCUUCUUCGUCCUGGUGGUGAUCCUGGUCUUCGCCUUUCUGAUGUGGGUCCGAAUGAAGAAGCACAGCAAAGAGGCCACGAAAAACCACGACCUCCUUGCCGCCGCCAUCCACAUGAAGGCCUUGCCCAAAGCCCAGAUCUUGUAGCAAGGACCUCUCCCCCCUCCCCACUGGCAGCAGACCCCCCACGCCAACAAGAGGGACAUCAACGCCACUGACCUCGCCCGUCGCAGCUACAUAUUGACUGGGGGGCACCGAGGAUGCCCCUCUUCUGACCCCCCCCCACCAUGGAAAGACUC